GAAGAAUCAACAACAAAAAUAUUUAAACAAUUAAAGAAAUAUUCUAAAAAUUUGUUGGUUUCUUCUAGAAUUUUAACUAUAAUUGUUGGAGACGUUUUUAAAAAAAGGAAGGUGAGGAGUAAAUUAAUUUUUUGUAAUUAAAUAAUGAUAUGCUAACUCGCGGAACAGACAAAUUGCGGAACGACAAGUCGAGAAACAGACAAGUCACGGAAUUAAAUAUUCUUUAUUUUGGUAAUUCCGUGAAUUGUCUGUUCCUCGACUUGUCUGUUUUGCGAUUUGGAAUUCCUCGAAUUGCAGCUAUUUUAAUUUCGACUUUAGAAAAGAAGAAAAAUAUUUUUAUUCGAGAACAAUUAAACGAUCUGACAGAAAGAAUAGCUCAAUUAGAAGAAUUAACUGAAGAAAAUGCUAAUCAAAUAGGAGGAUUUCAUGACAUUGAAGCAAAUUUAGAUGAAUUAAGAAUUGUAAAAAAGAAAAUUUCAAAAGUCAAAUAUUUGUUGUUAGCUAUUUUUAUUGUUUGUUUAUUUCUCCUUUGUUUAUUUGUUUGGAUAUUGUAG